AUGGUUCUCAAGUCAAAUUCAUGGCCAUUUUCUGUACCACCAAAUUUUAUUCUACCAAUUGAACUAAUGUUACUUCAUCAAUAUUCAAAAGAAGAUUUACAAACACUGUAUACUAAACAAAAAUAUAUUUUACAUGUAUCAACAUAUGAAAUGAUAAUUUUACUUUUAUUUAAUGAACAUUCGAGUUGGACUGUUGAACGAAUGCAAGAUGAAACACAAAUCGAUAUUCAUUUAUUCUUACAAAUUCUUUGUAAUAAUUUAUUGAAAAGUAAAUUAAUUACAUGUUCAGAUAUUAAUGAUAAUAAACUUGAAGAAGAUUUAAAUGAAAAUAAUAUUAAAACGAACUAUAAUAUUCAGAUAGCAAAUGAUUUUAAAAGGUCAUCGAACAAAAAAAAUAUCGAAGGUUUAUAUCAAACAAUUGAUGACGAUCGAAAAAUUCUUAUUCGAACUGCAAUUGUUCGAAUAAUGGAACAACGAAAAACUUUAAAAUAUGCAUUAUUAAUUCAAGAAGUUAUUCAUCAAUUAAGUUUUCGUUUUCAACCUAAUCAAAUUAACUUUUCUAAUUAUUACCAAAUAAUUAUUUUCAUUUUAGAUGCUCUAAUCAAAUUUACAGAAACAUCAAGUGUUACUUCUAUUCUUAGUCAUCCUAAUCAUAUUAUCAAUGGUAUACACGUUUCAAUGGAAAAUUAUCCUUGUGAUAUAAAUUCAAUACAAAAAUCAUCAAGUUUAAAAUCGUUAACCAAACAAAAUCAAUCUAAAUCGAAUAAUAAUCAUGAUAAGAAAUCAAAACGAAUAAAUUACAAUAAAAUAAUGCGAGAAAAUCUUACACUUAAACAUGACAUAGCUAAUCUUAAUCAGGUAUUAAUUGAAGCACAAGCAUAUGCUAAAAUAGCAUGUAAUGCAUACACGUAA